AUGACUGAAUCUCAUAAUAUCCUUAUCACGGGUGCGUCAGGCUACCUCGGGGGAACUUUACUUGCUCGUUGGGCAAGCGCCAGCCUCACGGGCUACGAUAAGCUGUUCGCACUCGUUCGAACAGACGCACAGCGGGAGCAAGUAAAGCAAUACGGGGCCGAACCUCUUACUUUUUCUCCUCGAGAUGAGCAGGCAGUCCGAAAUGUAGUGAUACAGAACCGUAUCACUAUUGUCUUUUACUUGAUUGAUGCUUUCGAAUCUGUGGGCCAAGAAAACUUCAUCAAAGCUUUGGGCGAAGUGAAGUCUCAGACGGGUCUAGACGUUCACUUGCUUCACACAUCGGGAGCCAAGAUCUUUUCGGGUCUUGCAGGUGCCCCCACGGAUAGUUCGCUCUUGGACACUGACCCCAGGCUAUAUGAAAUCCAGAAAGCUCAAGAACCUCCCAUUUCUCUCAUGCAAAAACCUGUUGAGACGAAUACCCGAGUUAUUGACCUAGCACAAGCCAACGGUGUGAAGUCUUAUGUAUUUGCUCCCUGCAUAGUCUAUGGAAGGGGAGAAGGAUUUGGCAAUCCUAUUUCCAUCCAAACCGUCGACAUUGUCAAAGCCGCUAGUGCGGCUGGUCAAGUUUACUCAGUCACACCUGGUCGCCCAACUUGGCCUGUCUGCCACGUAAUUGAUAACACGUCCCUUUACCUUCAAAUUCUGCGCUCAAUUUUGAACGGAGAAAAGCCAGAAUACGGGAAGAACGGCUACUAUCUCGCAGCUUCCGGUAGUGUUACCUGGGAUGACCUGUAUGAGGCGAUGGCCAAGGCACUCAAGGUCCGGAACGUCAUUACAGAUGAACGUGUCGUUCCCGCAGACGAAACGGCCCUUGGCAAGAUGGCUCACGGGCUAGGCACGGAGAGCUCUCUCGUACAAAUGAGAUUGGCUGGAAAGUGUACCUUCACAGCCAAGCACGGUGCUCAACUUGGAUGGAAACCGCAAUUUCCCCCCGAACAUAUCCUUGAAGCUGCUGAUGAUGAAGUCGAGCUUAUUCUACAAACGCUCCGUAGCGAUGCAAGCUCUGGUGACAAGCCAUGGUAUAAGAAAGAGUAA